CUCUCUCUCUCUCUCUAUAUAUGGCAUGACCAAUGUGAACAAAAACCUCUUCUAGUUUCAGUCCUAUUAGUUUUUAUAAGCUCCACUUCAGGCACAUUUCAGUGCAAACACAUAAUCCUCAUUUUUCGUUUUGUUUCUUGUGAGCUUUAUUUCCAUCAACAAGGUCGGCUAUUGCAUUUAAAACAAAAUAUUUUGGACUUUUUUGUGACUAAGGAAAUCGACCCUUUGGUUGAAUAAACGUAACUUUGUAGUUCCCACACAAAAGUUAAGGGUAUUUUGUGUUUUAUUGUCUUUUGCUGCUUCUAGCUUCGUUUUGGUUGGGUAGAUGAACAACUCUAGACGGAGAAAACAAAGUCACUUUUGUUUCUGAAUUUUUUUUUCUGGUCUUUAGGCAUGUGCACUGCUUAGGAGGCCAAAAAAGGGACACAUUAUUAUUAGUAAUGGUAUGACAUAUUCAUGCAAUUCUCUAUUUCAACUAUAGUCUGGAGUGAGAGAACCUUUCGAUCAGAAAAUUUGGAAAGGAAGACCUCAAAUAUUAGUUAGUUCAGUGUUUGGUCCAGCAAGAUCCACCAAAAAGAUUUGAUUUUGCAGUUCAUUUUACAUCUUAUUGGUAACACAAACCUCUGAUCAAAAGGGUCAAAUUCGGUAGUUGUGUUAGAGGAAUGUGGAAGGCCUAAGAUUUAGAGGGCUCAUAUAGUGGUGUGUGAUGUGUUUAGUUUAUUUAUAGGCAUCAAGCCUGGAUUAGAAAGGAGGACUCACCUAUUGGAAAGUUCAUAGAACUAGAAGCAAAUAAAGCAUUGGAGAUUUCAUUUCAAGGCUUGUGUUUAUGCACUGUGGGAAGCAUCAUGGGAUUAGUCAGUAAUGAAUACUCAAAUGGAUCUGUUCAGAGCUGCAAUGGAUUAGAGGAGAAGCUUGAUGAUCUUCGCGGCCUUGUUGGCAAGGCUGAUGGUGAUCCUUUGAGAAUAGUGAGUGUUGGUGCUGGUGCUUGGGGCAGUGUUUUUGCAGCUUUGCUGCAAGAUACUUAUGGCCAAUUCCGCGACAAGGUGCAAAUCAGGAUAUGGAGAAGGCCAGGAAAGACAGUUGAUAGAGCCACUGCAGAGCACCUCUUUGAAGUUAUCAACUCAAGGGAGGAUGUGUUGAGGAGAUUGAUCAGGCGCUGCGCUUAUCUGAAAUAUGUUGAGGCUAGACUUGGUGACAGGACUCUUCUGGCUGAUGAGAUUCUGAAGGAUGGGUUUUGCUUGAAUAUGAUUGACACACCACUUUGUCCAUUGAAGGUGGUCACAAACUUGCAAGAAGCUGUUUGGGAUGCUGACAUUGUAGUUAAUGGUUUGCCUUCAACCGAAACACGGGAGAUUUUUGAAGAGAUUAGUAAAUAUUGGAAGGAGAGAAUCACAGUGCCAGUGAUAAUCUCUUUGGCAAAGGGUAUAGAGGCUGCAUUAGAGCCUGUUCCCCAUAUUAUAACCCCCACAAAAAUGAUUAACCAAGCAACUGGAGUGCCUAUGGAGAACAUACUGUAUCUUGGUGGUCCAAAUAUUGCCUCAGAAAUAUACAACAAGGAGUAUGCCAAUGCCCGAAUUUGCGGAGAUGAGAAAUGGAGAAAACCUCUUGCAAAGUUUCUACGACAACCACAUUUUAUUGUCUGGGACAACAGUGACCUUGUCACCCAUGAGGUCAUGGGUGGCUUGAAAAAUGUCUAUGCAAUUGGUGCAGGAAUGGUAGCAGCCCUUACCAAUGAGAGUGCUACCAGCAAAUCUGUAUACUUUGCACACUGCACAUCAGAGAUGAUAUUUAUCACUCAUUUGUUGGCUGAAGAACCUGAGAAACUUGCAGGGCCACUAUUGGCUGACACUUAUGUGACUUUACUAAAAGGUCGUAACGCAUGGUAUGGUCAGAUGUUAGCUAAGGGUGAAUUAAGCCCAGACAUGGGUGACAGCAUCAGUGGCAAAGGAAUGAUUCAGGGUGUCUCUGCAGUGGAGGCAUUUUUUGAACUUUUGAGCCAUUCAAGCCUGAAUGUGUUGCAUCCUGAAGAAAACAAGCCGGUUGCUCCUGUUGAACUCUGCCCCAUCCUGAAGACACUGUAUAAAAUAUUGAUAUCCAGGGAACAGUUAUCGGAAGCUAUUCUCCAAGCUCUUAGGGAUGAAAAUCUGAAUGAUCCUCGGGAACGCAUUGAGAUUGCACAAAGCCAUGCUUUCUACAUGCCUUCACUUCUUGGACAACCCUGAUUAUUUAUCAUAUAUAUAUAUAUAUAUAUCCUAGUUAGUGUGUAUUAGUAAGCUCCAUUUUAGGACAAAAAUAUCCAAUUAUCUCUUCUUUUCAUUAACUUUUUAAUACCUAUUAUAGUAAUUAAAUGCUUUCUGUUUUAAAAAAUAAAUUAAAAAGAUAUUUCUCUCAUCUGUGUCACGUUUAGGUGACUUCUUUCACAUAGCAUUCGUAAAUUCCUCUUAGUCCGUAGUUCAUGAUGUGGUUCUUGUUGCUCAUAGUUCUCUCGUCCUACCUAAAUUUACAGGCACCCUUUUCUUUAUAAGGA